ACUAUUAGCUUGAAAGCUAGUGUUUAUAAUUUUGUUAACCCCUAACAACGUUUCUAUUAAAUAGCAACGAUACCAUUUAUUUAAAACCUAUGACAAUUGACAAAUUUAGGUUUGUUUUAAAACCAGAACUAUUUAAUUCAUUGCGCAUAUCAUUGAAUUUAGGCAUAAAGUUAUGAUACGAUAAUUUAGUCGCUUGUUGUUCUUCUUUAUUUAUUUUUAAGAUAACUUUGUUAAAGAAGUAGCAAAAUCAGUAAAAAAACACUAUGUCUGGUCCUGUUCAAGAUGUCAUUGAAGAAGAUGCCGCUGACUUACAGUUUCCUAAAGAGUUCGAAAAUGCAGAAACAUUACUUAUAUCUGAAGUUGACAUGUUACUGGAACAUAGGAAAGCUCAAAAUGAAUCUGCAGAAGAGGAACAAGAGUUCUCUGAAGUGUUUAUGAAAACACUUACUUACACUAAUAUGUUUAAGAAAUUUAAGAACAAAGAAACUAUAACUGCUGUGAGAAAUCUACUCCAGUCUAAGAAGUUACAUAAGUUUGAAGUUGCAAGUUUGGCAAAUUUAUGUCCGGAAACACCAGAAGAAGCAAAAGCGUUGAUUCCAUCUUUAGAAGGAAGAUUUGAAGAUGAAGAACUCAGAAUAUUAUUAGAUGAUAUACAAACAAAACGUAGUAUACAGUACUAAUAAAGUUAAAUAUGGUUUUUAAAAAAAA